CAUAGCCCGCUUGCGAUGUUUUUAAUUAUUGUUUUAUUAUUUUUUGUGUUAGUGUUAUCUGCUAUACUGUACACAAAAUUGACAUUGGGUAUCAAUAAAUGUAGUAAACAUCUUAUCGGUAAAGUCGUCAUCAUAACAGGAGCCAAUACGGGAAUUGGAUACGAAACUGCGAAGGAUAUGGCCUACAGAGGGGCUCGAGUCAUUUUAGCUUGCCGAAAUGAACAACGUGGACUGGCAGCUAAGAAUGAUAUCAUCGCGGAAACUGGAAAUGAAGACGUACACUUCCGUCAACUGGACUUAGCAUCCUUGAGCUCCGUAAGGAGAUUCGCAGAUGAUAUUCUUAAAAAUGAAAAGCAACUCAAUAUCCUCAUUAAUAAUGCCGGUAUGAUUGGUAGUAAAUAUAUAAAAACUGAAGAUGGUCUUCUGCUUGACAUGCAAUCCAAUCAUUUAGGACCGUUUCUUUUAACUUCAAUACUGCUUCCAUUGUUAAAGAGUACUGGUGCUAGUCGAAUUAUCAACGUUUCAUCGUUAGGACAUCAGUUUUCUAAAUUGGAUGUGAAUGACUUGAAUAUGGAAAAGGUACCAUACAAUAGCAGAAUAGCCUAUGGUAAUACAAAAUUGUGUAAUAUACUAAUGACAGUGGAAUUAUCUGAACGUUUAAAAGGCACCGGAGUUACUGUUAACUCGUUGCAUCCAGGCGCAGUAGACACUGAUAUCGCACUUGAAGCGAAAAACCAUAUUCCAGUGUUGAAAUGUUUAACUCUAUUAACUCCUUUACUCAAAACACUUACAAAAACUAGAUGGGAAGGUGCACAAACAACAAUUUACUUGGCUGUAUCCCCUGAAGUUGAAGGCGUUAGCGGUUACUAUUAUAGUGAUUGCCGACAGAAAUCUACUUCUAAAAUGGCCCAGGACAGGAAUUUAGCUCGCAAAUUAUGGGAAGUGUCUGAAAGAUUUGUAAAAAUUAAUCCAAUAUAG